AUAAAAAAUGAUAAGAGUGUAAUUUGUCUUAUCAUUUACAAAUGCGCAAAUCACUUAAUUUCAAACAUCACACCAGGACGGGCCCAUUGCGGAGGAACCAUGCCGAAAGUGAAAGGUCUAUUGGAGCGUCUCAAUGAUGGCGAAUACGUCAUUGUCGCGGAAGGCUACCUUUUCGAGUUUGAAAGAAGGGGCUAUCUCACCGCCGGGCCUUACACGCCCGAGGUCGUGCUGGAACACCCCCAUCUCGUCAAGAACAUGCACGAGGAGUUUGUCCACGCCGGCAGCGAUGUCGUUCUUGCUUUCACGUAUUAUGGAAACCGAGAGAAGAUGCGUCUGAUCGGUUGGCAAGAUCGUGUAGAGGAGAUGAACCGGGAAGCUUUACGCCUCGCCAAGGAGGUGGCUGACGAGACGGGUACUAUGAUGGCUGGGAACAUUUGUAACUCGACCUACUACAAUCCGAAUGAUGAGUCGACAUGGGAGGACAUCCGCCAGGGAAUGGAGCAACAAGUUGAAUGGGCUGUCGAAGCAGGUGCUGACUAUAUAUUGGGGGAAACAUUCUGUGAAUACGGCGAAGCAAAGAUGGCGCUGGAAGCUAUCAUAAAGAAUGGACAAGGGAAGCCAGCAGUUAUGACCUGUGCACCGUCGGUUACCGAUAACGUCGUGUCCCAGUCCAUGUCAAUGGUCGAGGCUUGUCGCUUGUUGGAGGAGCAGGGGGCGGACGUGAUCGGCCUCAACUGUGUUCGUGGACCCCAGUCAAUUUUGCCCAUGAUUAGAGAGGUCAGGAAUGUCUGCAAGGGCCACAUUGCCUGUCUUCCAGUACCAUACCGAUGUGAUGCUGAGCACCCAACCAUGCAGUCACUCAAAGGACAUGACACAGGUACUCGGGCUUUUCCAAUCGACCUUGACGAAUGGUUUGUCGGGCGAACUGGGGUGGAGAACUUCACCAAGGAAUGCAUGGACAUCGGUGUCAAGUACCUUGGUCUGUGCUGCGGGGGCUCCGCACACACUCUUCGGACCAUGGCGGAGACAGUCGGGAAGAAACCAGCUGGAAGCAGGUACGCGCCCAAGAUGGAACUGCAUACUCACUUCGGUGAUAAAAAGCGUGGAGUUGUCACGUACGAUAUGUCCAUUAGGGAUCAGAUUGAAGGUGGCAUGAACAAAUAGUGAAAACGUCGGUGAUCAUAGACCAAGUCUUAUCAUAUAGACGGUAGCUCAGAUACUCCUGCACUAACAUUUUUUUACAAAUUGUGGUCCCAGAAUUAGGUCAGAUAUACAUGGACAUUCAAGGGAAGAAAAUUCUAAUUUAUUAACAACACGGACAUAUAUAAAUGCAUGUGGAGGCCAAUGGUUUCGGCAAAUCUAGUCCGAUCACACGACAUUGUAAAUGACAGAAGCCCGCUGUCAAUAAUCUACAUUUGUUUGUCAUCGUUCAGACGGCGACAUGACAAUUGUUCGUAUGUAGAAUGCACUUCUGUAAGCGAUGUCCGUCACUUACUUCAAUAGAUGUAGUAUAUAAUUCGCCAUGCUCCUAAACAAAUUGCCUGACUAAAUUUUUGGAGAAAGUUAGAUAUCUGCCUAUCUCAACUCCUAACCACGUGAUACACCUUCUGUAAAAAUGCCUAUCUCAUUGAAAAGUUCAUACAAGUAGAGGUGACACUUAGUGGCAUUAACAAGAACUAGAUGUUCCUCGUAGUAAAUGGAGGCGACGUCUAGCUGGGUUCCAGCUGAGAAUUUGGUUGGACACAAUAUUAUGAUAUCAUCAGCAUACCAAAAGGCACAGGCAAAAAUUGUUCAAACAAAGCACUCCUGACCAGAGUCGACCAGAGCCGGAGUCUGACCAGAGCCGGAGAUAGUAUACCCCCUUGCUUCCUUUUAUAUAUUUGCAUAGGAGAGAUCAAACAAACACAUGUGUAUAGUUCAAGCUUUAUUUACGAACUGACUUGCACAUAACAUGGUAAACGUAAAAUAGAACGAAACAUACAUGGGAAGGGAUUAACCCUCUAUUCACAAUAAUAGUCUUAUUCAUAACACACAUCACCGCACAUCAUUGGAAGCAAACGAAUGUGUUCUAUAUGGAAUGUUAGCUUUCAAAUGCGUUUUCUGCAUUUUCUGAUAUCUGACGGAGAAGUCAAUUAUAACUUAACCAUAUAAACUCAUAACAUUGAUACAAUUAUACGAUUAUCACUGCCUAAUUUCUCUAAACUCUGCAUCGACCACGUUGAUGAAUUGUACAGAAGAAGAUGUUGACCCCAAGGUGUUUCCCCAAGGUGUUUUUUUGGUCUGCAAAAACUUCUUUUUGUCACGAGUGACUGACAUACGUAUACCAUCAGGAUUUUAAUAUCCGAUUGAACACAGCUCGGAGGGUUAAAAACACUUUCAUUGUGUUAUCACCUAAACAUUUGAAUACUGUUGGUGCAGCCUGUAUGCGCGAAGUUCGCCUAAUUGAUAUUGAUAACAAUGCGGGAACGUAUUAUGUAUAACCUGGACUGAAUAAAUACCGCCAGAGCUGUAGUUGACAGACACAUGCAGAAAAAAACUUAUCUUUGCUCACUACUCUAAUUAAGGUGCCGUUUUUAAAGCAAAAUUAUUUUUUGCACGAAAUUUUAUCAGUGUGAUCUUCCGAACUCCAAACGUGGCGUCAGGAGAGCUGAACAUCGUUUUAAUAACUUCUGACGACAUAAAUUUAGCAGGAGUAAGUGUUCCUUGUCUCAAUUUGCUUCCGGACAAGUGCUUUGAAUAAAUGCUGCUUCGUUUCCGGAAUCAUGAGACCUAAAUAUAAUGACUUCUGGGAAUGAACAUUGAAUCAACCUCCGUCUUUACGGUGUUAUACUAUUGCUAUUACUAACGGUUUAGUAACCUUGGUGCUAACUUUAGACAUGUGGAUAAAGAUUAGAGGUCUAGGAUGGGACG